CCUUUCCCAAUUGCGCAUGAUGUGAACGACGGUUAGGUUCCAGCUUCAUUUAGGGCAGCGAAUUUAAAUACUGCUGUAUUUUAGAGAAAUACCUAGGGAUAAGUGUUAUAUUAUUUGACCUUGAAACACGUUUUAGACCAUUUUAGACCCCGUUUUUAUGAGUGGUGAUGUGUGUGUGGUAUGCUAUUUCACAGGGCAUUUCUUGAUACUUCCAAUAUUCCCAAGCAUGUCCAUUUCUAAUUUGAGGCAGUCAAUUAUUCGAAAUUGUUUCAGCGUGCCUAGCAAAGCCAUCUAUAGAGUGCCUAGUAUGUGCGCCAUACGGACACGGUGACUGUCUCGUCAUUUCCGCCCAUUCCACAUUUGUUGAGGUGGCUGGUUCAGUAUCUUGGCUGAUUUUUUCUUCGGAAAAUCGGUUGAAUAUAAGAUGUCCCAGUCCAAGAAACGAAGCUCAGCAUCUCAGAAUGAGGAUAUCCAAUGCCGCACAGUGGUUAACAAUAGUAGCCUGCGCUUUAUGAGGGGGAUGCUGCGCAGUCGGAGGCCGCUGGCGCUGGCCGCCGCCAUCGCCGUGCUCACCGUGUGCCUGGUGGCCGUGCUGAGGACGCGGCCGGUGCCCUACCCAUCCGCCGGCGCCCUGUCGCUCCAGGAUGGCGUGCCCGAGAUGCAGGUGGCCCCGGUGGUGGCCUGUCCGCCGGUGCUGGUGCAGGGCGUGCUGCGCGGCCCGGCCGCGCCGGCGGCCGGCGCGCGCGACCUGGCCACCGUGUACGUCAUCACGCCGACGUACCCGCGCGCCGUGCAGGUGCCCGAGAUGACGCGGCUGGCGCAGACGCUGAUGCUCACCUCGAACGUGUUCUGGGUGGUAACCGAGGACGCGGCGCAGCGCACGCCGGCCGUCACCGAGAUCCUGGAGCGCUCCGGGCUGCCGCACGUGCACAUCCUCGGUCUGAAGCCGGAAAAGUACUCCAAGGAGGCCGGCUUUAAGGGCGCCGUGCCUCGCGGCGUGUCGAACCGAAUGGCCGCGCUGCAGUGGCUGCGAGAGAACGCCGAGAAGGGCGUGUUCUAUUUCGCCGACGACGACAACACCUACGACUACCGGCUGUUCGCUGAGCUGGCGCGCACGCGGCGCGCGUCGGCGUUCCCAGUGGGUCUGGUCACCCAGGCCGGUCUGAGCACGCCCGUGGUACGGAACGGCGCCGUGGUCGGCUUCUACGACGGCUGGAUCGGCGGCCGCACCUUCCCGAUGGACAUGGCUGGCUUUGCCGUCAGCGUUCAGCUGCUUCUCGAGCACCCGAAGGCGGCCAUGCCGUUCACGGCCGGCUAUGAGGAGGACGGCUUCCUCAAAUCGCUCGGCCUCAAGAAGGACGACCUCGAGCCUCUGGCAGACAACUGCACCAAGAUUCUGGUGUGGCACACGCAGACCAAGCAGCCGCGCGUGCCGUUCACCCAGGUGGACCCGGACAAGUACCGCGGCACCAACAUGGAGGCGCUGCGGCGCAUCGUCAACCCCAGCUGCUGCCGCCGGCCCCGCACCCAGCCUGCGUCCUCGGCCGCGCCUCGGUCCGCCGCCGGCCGCCCCACACUCUCCGGAUCCUCAUCCUCGGCCAACGGCACCGGGCCACCGACUGUCGCCAACGCCACCGCGCAGGGACGCGCCCGGGGCGGCGCCCCCGCCGCCACGCCCUCGGCCGCCGGCCGCCGCCGGCCGACAAAGGCCGUAAAUGGCAGCGGCACAGCCGUAACAUCCGCUUCCGGCAAUACCAGCCAGCUCAUGUCGAAUGUUGGAGCCACGAGGCGCCGCGGGUGGGACGGCGGAGCUGCCUCGCGGGGCCGACUCGGCUCGGGGGCCGGCUCGCUCCGCGGGAAGUCGCGCGCUGAUGUAAAACCCUCCGUAAAACCCGCAAACCCCCCAGUCUCUCGGCGUCCAAUUGGCCGCCGUCGUCCGACGGUGAGGUCGAACCGUCCUCUGUCCCCGCCAGCUCAGCUAAAAUCAAAUCGCUCUGCCUCGCAGUCUCAACUAUUCCGGCUUCGUCCCAAAUACGCAAAGUCUAAAGCCGCCGAGUUCAAAGGCAUCCAGUCCAUAUACCCUCAGUUCAAAUACCUCCAGUCCAAUGGCGUCCAGUCCCGAAACGCCAAAUCCGAAAACGACCAGUCUGAUGGCGUCCAGCCUAGAUACGCCCAACCCAAAGGCAGCCAAUCCAAAAACGUCCAGUCCAGUGGCGUUCAGCCCAGAUACGUCCAACCUAAAAACGUCCAGUCCAAUGGCAUCCAGUCCAAAUACGCCCAGUCCAGAUACGCCCAAUCUAAAAAUGCCCAGUUUGAUGGCGUCCAGUCCGGAUACGCCCAAACUCAGCAUCCCGAGCCCCGUCUGAAUGCCCUUUCACUGGCGCCCGUCCUGUCCCACUCCCAGAGUGGAAUGACGUCCCCGUCAGGACGUGUGAUAUCUACCCCUGAAUCUGGAUCUCAUUCGGCUCAGCCUUCUUCUGCUCCCCGCAACUCAUCAGUCUUCCCCACACCUUUCCCGUCGUUUCUUCAACAUUCCUCCUUCCCGUCUCAUGUUUCCUUUUCGGCUUCUCUGCCCCAGUCCUCCGUCUCAACUCAUUCCAAUGUCUCCCUGCGUCGAUAUAACCUUUCCUCUUCUCACACUCCCCUUUCCUCGUCUCAAACUCCCCUCUCCCAGUCUCAGACUCCCUUCUCCCCGUCUCAAACUCCCCUCUCCCCGUCUAAGGCUCCAUUCCUCCCGUCUCAGAAUCUCCGUUCUCCGUCUAAGACUCCUCUUUCGCCGUCUUUAACUUCUUUCUCCCCGUCGCAGUCUCCUAUCUCCAAGUUUCAGUCCCCUCCUUCGCCGUCUCGGACUGCCGUCUCCCCGUUGGGAGCCUCCCUCUCCCCGCCCUCCCCUGCGCUCCCGGAGCCACUCAGUCGGGGAGGGCGGCCCGCCGGGGCGGGGCAGACGCCGUAGCUCCGCCCCACCUCUGGCCGACCGCUCCAGGGUGGUGGGAAUGGGUUCUUCUCUCGCGACGCACAGCGCUAGUUGGCCGGUGCUGUGACGCCAAACUGGGGACGCACGGCACGGCAGGACAAGGGGACGGCCGGCCGGUCAGUCGAUGGAACCAGUGCUGCCAGCCAUCACGGCCCCUGCUACGAGUGUCGGAUUCCGUGCCAGGGAUAUGUUUAGAGAGGCGAUAACUGUACGAAGGGGAAUGGGGUGUUUCCAAUGUGCGGGUUGACUGAAUUCAAAAGCAUUAUUGAGAUAUGUGAAAUACAUUUCGUUGGUUGUG